UACGAACGAUUUACGUACAAGUGACUCUCUGCUGUGUAAAGAGGAGCCAGUGAAACGAAUGGAGUAUGGCACGAACGAUAUUUCACUAAAUAAUAAAGCAGUAGAUAUGAAAAAGAAAUCCGGAAAUGCGUGUUUCGAGAAAAUAAAAGAAAUCUUCGAUUUAGAUUUACUUAAAAAUGGCAUUUAUCUAAACGUCGUCAUAGGCUCAAGCUUCUAUUAUGUUGCCGAGUCGAACUUCAAGUUGAUGACACCGUUCUUUUUAGCCAGCAUAGGAAUGAGCAAAAUGGAAAUCGCCUCUUGCCUAUCGAUAACUGCGUUCACCGACAUAAUUGCCCGACUUCUGCUACCGACCAUGUUCGACAGAUUCGGAUUCAAGAAGAGAAUCGUGUUCUGGGUGUUUUCCAUAACGGUUGGCCUUGGACGAUCCAUCAUGGCAGAACAAUCUAAGGGAACAGCAUUGAUAGUAACAUUUGUGAUAAUUGGAUUCUUACGCGGUGCCACUGUGGUCAAUAUAAAUCUGAACAUUUCGGAAUGUUGUUCACUGAAAAAGUUGCCUAGUGCGUUUGGAAUGUUUAUGGUAUCCAAAGGAUUAUUCGUCGUGUUGAUGAGUCCCCUGCUUGGAUACAUCAGAGAUGUCAGCAAUAGUUACACAAUUUGCAUACACAUUAUGACAUUACUGAUAUUCAUAACUUUCAUUACGUGGGGCAUCGAGUUUUUGUACACAAUACUAAAAACGAAAAAUUUAGAAAUCCUGGCGAUACUCCCGAUCCAGCAGAGUUUCGGGCUGAUCUUUAGGGAGCGUUUCUUCGCGUUGGGCAUCACCGCGACGCAGACCUCGUUGAUUCUUCACUUGAAUGGGACGAUUACUUGCAGCCUGGGUCUGAUAAGCGGCCCGAUGAUGAAGAGAUUCACGUUCCGAAAAGUCGCCUUCCUCGGCGGCCUCACCGUCGCUGCUGGUAUCUGCAUGACUGCGUUCGCGGUCUCCCUACCCACCAUUAUUAUCACUUAUUGCAUUGUCGUCGGUGUCGGUCAUGGGAUUAUGUUCCCAGCAACGAGUCUCGCCAUGAACACGUAUUUUCGAAAGAAGCGUAACAUCGCUAUGGGACUGUCAGUGACGCUGACAGGUCUCGGGCCAAUUCUAAUGCCUCUUUUGAUAGCAAUAUUAUUGGAGAAUUACGCUACUACAGGAACCCUGUUAAUACUCGCAAGUAUAGCAAUGCAUUCACUGGUUGGAGCGUCGUUCUUGCAACCUUUUAAGGAGACCCAAAUGAAAAACAUAAAAGAUGACAAUGAUGUCACAGAAUGCAACGAUGUCAGCUGUCAAUUGAAACAAACCGAGGAACUCAAUAAAGAACAAGAAGUCGAUGUUAAAAACGGUGUUGUUAAUCGUCGAUUGUUAGAUGAAAAGCAGCAGACGGAUAGAGAAAAUUUAUCAAAAGAUCUGGGAAAUACUCAGGGCACGAAGAAUGAGAAGAAGUCGGUUUGGGCAACGAUAUCAGAGCAAAUGGAUCUGGCUCUUCUAAAAGACAGUCGUUACGUCGCUGUUAUACUAGGAAUGGGAGUGUCUUUAGUCGCUGAGACGAAUUUCAACAUGAUGAUCCCUUUUGUCCUGACGGAGCUGUCCGGACUGGAGAGGACGUCGAUCGCCACGGUAAUGUCAAUACAGGCGGUAUCGGAUAUCACCGGACGUCUCUGUGUACCAUUGCUGGCGCAGAGGAUCGGAUGGACGUCCAGGAACCUUUACGUAUUGUCCUUGGUCGGAUCCACUCUCGGAAGGACCAUAUUGUCAACAUGGGGAGAUACCUACAUCGUGGUGAUCGGUGUCGCACUGAUUAUUGGCAUUGCCAAAGGGACGAAAGCUGUUUUCCAAACGUUAAUCAUACCUGAUUAUGUGCCUCUUGAAAGACUGCCGGCCGCAUAUGGGAUGCAAAUGGUUUGCAAUGGUAUUCUGUCCAUUGCCAUAGGACCACUCAUAGGUUUAGUACACGACUACAUGAUGAGCUAUGUGGGUGCUCUUCAUUUCACUUCAAUCUUAAGUUUAUCCUGUGUCGUAUUAUGGUACAUGGGAGGACUUUGGAAAUUCAGUAACAUCACUAGAAGCCCUAAUGCAAAGAAGAAAACGACAGAAACGCAAAAUUCUAGUGCGUGAAAAAUUAUAUUUUUAUAUUCAUUUACUAUUGUCUGCGAUAAUCGAUUUUACUUCUUUUAAAUAUGUCGUUUGCUCAUAGCUGUGAACUUUUAAUAAAAUUAAUUGUUAAGAAAUCCUAUUAGGAGGUUAUAACUGAUAGUACCAAUAAGUUUGUUAGCUACAGGUUUGAUGAUUACCAAAUUGAAAUUAUACGAAUAAUUAAAAUAAUAAGAACAGAGAAUUGUAUGUACAUAUUGGAAUCUUUCUCCCAGAGAUAUUGUAUGACAUUUAAUAUAAUAAGUGUAUUGUAUUAAAUGAUAUUAUUUUUUGACUGAUUACCAUAAAUUUAAUGUUGUUAUAUAACGUAUUCGUUAAACAA